AUGUCCGACAUGGCCGACCUAAUCCCCUACACAAUGGAACGGGUGCAUCUCCGCGAACCCCCAGAAGUGGAGAACAACAUGUUCUACAACACCCCGUUCCGCCGCGCCGGAGACUUCUCCUCAGCCUCCUCCACAUCAACCGCCUCCUCCACACAAUACUCCACCUGCGACUCAUUCGACAGCACAACCAACAGCACAGGCCACCUCCACCCAAACGACUACUACCAGGGCGGCGCAGAAUACAUGCACACCCCGUCCUCAAUAUCCUCCUCCCCUUACUACCCCCCGGACAACCACACAACCGCAUACCCCAGCCCAACCUCCGCCACAGCAGCCGUAGUCUCCGCCUCUGCGUCAUCAACGCGCUCGCUCUCCUCGCCCCCGCAAGGCUCCGCAAACCAAAAAGACCUCACGAAUUACGGCAUCCAGAACGCAGACCAGACCUGGCGGUGCGCGUACCCGGGCUGCACGUCGCAGACGAUCUUCCGGCGCGGGUGUGACCUCCGGAAACAUUAUAAUCGGCACCGGAAGCAUCUGUUUUGUCGGCAUCGGGGGUGUCCGCAGGCGGUGGCCGGCGGGUUCUCGAGUAAGAAGGAUCGGGAUCGGCAUGAGGCGAAGCAUAAUCCGGUGGUGUGUUGUGAGUGGGCGGGCUGUGAGAGGGUGUUUAGUAGGGUGGAUAAUAUGAAGGAUCAUGUUAGGAGGAUUCAUCGGAGGAGGGAAUGA